UUUCCAUGGUGAUAGCUUGGUUGUAAACUGAAAAGUGUGUAAUAUAGCAUGGAAACUAUAAUAGUAGAGUUGUUUGAAUACGCGCUUAAAAUUAGACCACUACGAUCUUAAAGAAUUUGUAGAAGUGAAUCAGACUGAAAUGAAGAACAGCUAUGGCUAAAAACAAGAGCACUGGGUACAAAGGACCGUAUGGUUAUCAGAAGCAGAAAGAAAGGGAACAGAGAACCUGCAUUCGUUUCAAGUGUUCACUAACAAAUACAAUUUUUGAUGUUCUUCAAAAAAGGCCAGGCUGGAUUGAAGUGAAAGAUGAGGGAGAGUGGGACUUCUACUGGUGUGAUGUUGGUUGGUUAAGAGAGAACUUUGACCACACCUACAUGGAUGACCAUGUGAGGAUAUGCCACUUUCGCAAUCAUUAUGAGCUGACAAGAAAAAACUAUAUGGUAAAAAAUCUGAAGCGGUAUCGCAAGCAGAUAGAGAGAGAAUUUGGAAAGCUUGAGGCAUCCAAAUGUGAUUUCUUUCCAAAGACCUUUGAACUGCCAUCUGAAUAUCAUCUUUUUGUGGAAGAAUUUAAAAAGAACCCAGGCAUUACAUGGAUAAUGAAACCAGUUGCCAGAUCACAGGGGAAAGGCAUAUUUCUUUUCCGAAAGCUGAAAGAUAUAAUGGACUGGAAAAAGGAUGGAAACAAAUCUGAUGAUCUCAGAGAAGAAACACAGAUUGAAAAUUAUGUGGCACAGCGUUAUAUCGAAAAUCCUUACCUUAUUGGAGGUAGAAAGUUUGACUUGAGAGUUUAUGUGCUUGUGACGUCAUAUGUCCCUCUGAAAGCCUGGCUGUAUAGAGAUGGAUUUGCACGGUUUUCAAACACUCGCUUUACGCUGAACAGUAUCGAUGAUCAGUAUAUUCAUCUCACAAAUGUAGCAGUGCAGAAAACAGCUCCGGACUACGACCCUGAGAAGGGCUGCAAGUGGCAAAUACAGAGGCUUCGGCAGUAUUUAACAGCCAAGCAUGGCCCAGAAACUGUGGAAAAUAUUUUCAGAGACAUUGACAACAUCUUCAUAAAGAGCCUCCAGAGUGUUCAGAAAGUCAUCAUCAAUGACAAGCACUGCUUUGAGCUGUAUGGCUAUGAUAUCCUUAUUGACGAAGACUUCAAACCGUGGCUUCUGGAAGUAAAUGCUUCUCCAUCUUUAACUGCUAGUAGUCAAGAGGAUUACGAGUUGAAAUGCCAUCUGCUUGAAGAUAUGCUCCAUGUCGUUGACAUGGAAGGAAGACUAACAGGAAAAGAGAAACAUAUUGGAGGGUUUGAUCUCAUGUGGAAUGAUGGCCAAGUUUGUCGCGAUGAUGGCAGUAUGGAAAUAAAAGGAAAUACAAGCUUUGUGGCAAAUACAUACUUGGGUUGUCUCAAUGACAGGAAGAAGCAGCUGAAACAACUUUUCAAGUCACUUAAUUUACAAAAGAAGGUGCUUGUAUAUUAAUAACUGAAGAUUAAAGGGAAGUGUAUGGUGAUCUAAACCACCUGUGUCAACUUCCAUCAAACAAGAUGUACAUGCUGAGACAAAUGAAACUGCACAAAGUUAUCAUCCUGCACCCAUCUGUAAACUGAGAUAUAGACUUCAUCAUGGUCUUACUUAAGCUUAAAAUUGCAUUCUAUGAUCAGUUUCACAAAACAGCUCUCCAUUUGUUUCACUGCUGCACACAGCCCAACAUUUUUAAUUAAAACAUUCAUAUAGCAUAUCAGACAAUUUGUUAGCUGCAGCAGUUGCACUAACUUUAAAAUAAGCCUACCUUUCCUCCCAUCUCUUCUAGAACAUUCACAGAAAUGGUUCUUCCUAUCACUUGAGAUGGUAAUUUAAAAUGCCAUGUAUUUAUAUACUGUGCAAGAAGUUACUAUGUUUCAUCUGUCACUGGAAUGUGAAGUGGAAUGCUACUGCAGAGAAGAAGCUGAGCUGUCAAUCCAAGAAACCAUCGCAGGGCUAUGAUAGAGCUGUACGUAUAACUAUGCAAAUGUAUUGUACAGAAGAAACACUACUAACUUCAUGCUUGUCUAAAGUUUGACAUUCAGGUUGUACAUAAUUCAUUUCUAGCACACAAUACUAAAUAUGUUUUACUGAGAGAACUUUAAACAGUAUUAACUAACAGAAUAAAAAUGUAUAAGUCAAUGUACAGAACUUUAUAAUUAGUGCAGCUUUGAAAACUUUGUACUUUGUAAAUAAAAUGUAACAGAUAGAUCAUUUCUAUACACAGACGUUCUCAGACUUUAAAAGCAAGUUAAACAUCCUCAAGAGAUGGCUAAAUGUCCCAUCAUCAGCUUUAUCAGUCAUGUUACUGAAUAAAUACCAGACUGAUAUGGCUUCCACCUGUUAGCAAUUAGUUUACCUUUAGACAAACCUGAUGCACUUUCAUGAGUAGCAGUAUGAAUAUAAAACAAGUCUUUCGUAUUAAAACUGUGCAGUAGUAGUACAUCUUUUUAUGUGAAAAUGUAAGUCAAGAUUUCAUUCCAUAAAAAAACUUGGGCAUUUCCAGGUCAGGGUUUUGCAAAAGCAGGAUCUUUUUGCAUUUAAGUAUGCAGUGAUGUACAAAUGCCACUGCCCCUUUCUCUGUUGAGGGAAUCAAAUUUCCUAGAUGGGCAAAUGCAAAACCAAUGCAGACAUUUGCUUUUUUCCUUUCUUCUUCAUAAUGCAAGUGAAAUAUGGCAAAAGUCAUGACUGUAAGGUGAAAACGUCUGAUCACAUUGGUUCUAUUUUAAUAUGCCAACUUUCUGAAUGUUGAAAUUACAAAACAAAAGCCCAAGUUUGAACUCCCCAACUUAUAUAUACAAACCCCAUGGUUGAAUCAACUCGAAGAAAGGAGAAAUCCCCAAAACAUGUGAGCCAUUGCUUGUGUGGUUUGUGCCCUGUCAAUAAUUUCCUGUG